CCUCUCAAAGCUCACUGAGAUGAACCGAGUGCUAUGCAUUCCAGAACCACAUCCUCCACCAGCUGGGUGUAACAGGUAAUGGGUGAGGCAACCUUGGGCCUGAGGGUCGUCCAGGUACAGUACCCAAGGGAGUCCGAGUCCCCCGGCAGCUGCAGCAGCUGGGUGGUGGAGAUGGAGAAGACCAUCGGCGACAUGAACAUCGACCCUGCGGUGGAGAUGGUGCGCUGGAAGCGCCACUCCAUCUACCGCGUCCCCGAGCGGAUCCGGAACCUGCACAACAGCAAGUCCUACCAGCCGGAGCUCGUCUCGCUCGGCCCCUUCCACCACGGCGACCAGGAGCUGCUCCCCAUGGAGGAGCACAAGCGCCGCGCCGUGGUGCACCUCGUCAAGCGCUCCGGCAAGCCGCUGCGGGACUUCGUCGCCGCCGUCGCCGAGGUCACGCAGCAGCUCCAGGACGCAUACAAGGAUCUCGGCGACGAGUGGCGCGGCCCGGAGAACAGCGACCGCUUCGUGGAGCUCAUGGUCACCGACGGCUGCUUCCUGGUGGAGGCCAUGAGGAUGGACGCGCUGCGGGGGAAGGUGCACGAGGACUACGCGCCCAACGACCCCGUCUUCAGCAAGUACGGAUACCUCUACCUCUGGAACUACAUCCAGUCCGACAUGGUCGUCGUGGAGAACCAGCUGCCGCUCCUCCUUCUCCAGAGGCUCCUAGUUGUUCUGGACCAUGACAGAUAUCAGAACGCUUCAGGAGUGAGCAGGUUGGUGCUGGAUUCUCUCUGUCCGUGGCGGCGGCACUUGGUUGGGAUCAAUCACCUUGGACUCCAUCCUCUGGACAUCUUGUACACAAGCCUCACCCACGGCGACCACCAAGAACGCACCGGAUCGACGGCGUACGUGAUGCCCUCGGCGAUGGAGAUCUACGAGGCAGGGAUCCAUUUCAGGGUGAGCGAUACCGACAGCCUCCUCGACGUCCACUUCGAACGCGGCGUGCUAAGCAUGCCGGCGAUCAGGGUGGAUGACAGGACCGAGAAGAAGUUCCUCAACCUGAUGGCGUUCGAGCGGCUUCACCCCGGCGCCGGCAACGACGUGACGGCGUACGUGAUUUUCAUGGACAACAUCAUCAGCUCCGCCAAGGACGUGGCGCUGCUGAGAUCCAAAAACAUCAUCGAGUGUGGUCUGGGCAGCGACGAGGAGGUAGCCAAGCUGCUCAACAACACGCUGAACAAGGGAGGAGUGAUGAGUCCGUCUAGCAGGCUCCACGACGUGCAGCGGCAGGUCAAGGCCCAUUGCAGGAUGAGGUGGAACAGAUGGCGAGCCAAUUUCAUACAGAGAUACCUCAGGAAUCCCUGGGUCUUCAUCUCCCUCGUUGCUGCCGUCGUCCUUCUUGUGGCCACCCUCUUGCAGACGGUGUAUACUGUUCUGCCUUUUUAUAAGCCAUGAUGAGUAUAUACCUUGUAAUCUUUAUAGCUUGUAUUUAAGUAUGCAUGUAUUCUUUA